CAGAUCUAGACUUUAUAUUAUAUACAUCAUUUUCAAUACAAAAAUACAAACUUGUCAACAACUCCAUGCCACUUGCCACCGUUUUGUAAUAAUAAUAAACCGUACGCCCAAAAUCGCUUACUUUCAGUUAUAUAUUAUAAUUAAUACAAACACUACCAAAUCUUUGUUAAUUCAUUCACAAAAAUUAGAAAGAGAGAGUAAAAGAAAAGAGGGAUUUUUCAGAAAGAUUAAAAGAAGAAAUGGGUAGUUGUGAAAAUGUAAAAAAUGGUAAAAAAUUGGAGGAAAUGGUGAGAAAAAUAGAAGAGGAAUUCUGGGUACCAGUUGAGUUGCUGAAAGAGUUGAGUGAUGACAUGGUGUUGAUGAUGCAGAAAGGUCUAGAAGAUGAAGAAUCUAGCUCUAUUAAGAUGCUUGUUUCUUAUGUUGAUUCUCUCCCUUCUGGCCAUGAAGAGGGAUGCUUUUAUGCAUUGGACUUAGGUGGGACAAACCUUCGUGUGAUGCAAGUUAAAUUGCAGGGAAAUAGGACUAUUGAAUUAAAAGCCGAGUCUUAUAUGGUACCUCCUAAGAUAAAGAUUGGGAAAUUACAUGAACUCUUUGAUUAUAUAGCGGAAAAGGUUUCACAUGUUUUUGAAUCGGUAAAAGCUGAUUUUGAUACUGUUCCUGGUAAGAAGAGGGAGCUUGGUUUUACUUUCUCAUUCCCGGUGCACCAAACAAGGAUAAACUCUGGAACUCUCCUUGAUUGGACAAAGGACUACGAUGCAAAAGAUGCUAUUGGCAAAGACAUGGUGGUGGAGUUGUCGAAGGCUUUGGAGAAACGGGCUAUUGAUGUAAAUGUAACUGCUUUGCUCAAUGAUACUGUUGGCACUUUGGCCGGAGGUCGAUUUAACAACAAAAAUGUUGUUGCAGCUGUGAUUUUGGGUACUGGUAUGAAUGCUGCUUAUAUAGAACAGUCUGAACGCAUUUUGAAGCCAUAUGGUCUUCCACCAAAAUCAGGACAAAUGGUUAUCAACACGGAAUGGGGCAAUUUCAAUUCUUCACUUCUUCCUUUAACUGACUAUGAUUGUGCAUUAGACAGUGAUAGUCCGAACCACCACAAGCAGAUUCUAGAAAAGAUGCUUUCUGGUAGAUAUUUGGGAGAAAUUGUGCGGAGAAUUUUGUUAAGUUUAGCUGAUGAUGCUGCACUUUUUGGUGACAUUGUUCCUCCAAAACUUCGACAACCUUAUGUUUUGGGGACGGAUAUUGUUUCAGCAAUGCAUGGUGACAAAUCCACUGACUUGAGUGUGGUUGGGAAAUGCCUAGAGAAGGUUUUAGAGAUAACUAAUGUAUCCCUGGAGAAGAAGAAGGUAGUUGUCAAGAUAUGUGAAGUUGUUGCUACACGAGGUGCUCGACUUUCAGCUUUUGCAAUACUGUCCAUCCUUAAGAUGCUAGGCAAAGACAAAACGAGUGCAGGGGAGACUGUAGUUGCUAUAGAUGGGUCAUUGUUCGGGAAAUACGAAGAGUUCAAACUUUGCUUACAGAAGACUCUUGCAGAUGAAUUACUCGAUGAAGAAGUGUCAAAGAUGGUUGUUCUUAGACAGUUCAAAGAUGCCUCAGGCAUCGGUGCUGCUGUAGUUGCUGCUUCACAGUCGAUUUACGAUUGAUAAAACUAGCAUUUGUUUGGUGGAUUUAGUCUAGUACUUCGUACAUAUUAAUGCUGUUCAAUAAUUCUUGCUGUUAAUUGUAACAAAAAAUUUCUUUUACAAUUUAAACCAUUAUUUCCCCAGAUUAUAUAGUGAAUGCAAUGCAGUUAUCUUUGACUUGAUAACUUGUGCAUUCAUUAUAUUUGAAAUUCGUGGGAAGUGCAAAUGUUAAUAAUUCAGAUAUGAUGUAAUUUUUGUUACCAAGUCUAAAUUGUCACUCCUUAAGUGUAAAAUAAAUUAAAAUUGAAUUUGUUAUAGUAGACAAUCAAAUUUAUGUAUCAGUAUUUGAUUGAAAAAAAAAAAAACAAAAAAAUUAGCUUUCAUAUUU